AUGGCAGCGGUCCUCAUACCAGUUCUUAUUCCAAUCAACUUUGUCGGAGGGAAGGGCCAAUCAGUUGUCCAAAACAUCACGAAUGGUACCGAUCAAAGUAUCCCUACAGGGCUGGACACACUAGCUUGGGGCAAUGUCAAGCCUACACAAACUCAUCGUUACUGGGCACACCUCAUCCUUGCCGUGGGGGUCGUGUUCUGGGUAUGUUACAUAUCAUUCGCUGAGCUACGAGUCUACAUCAAGGUUCGCCAGGAUUUCCUCACCAGUGCAGAGCAUCGUUUGCGAGCGUCUGCAAACACCGUCCUGGUCAGCUCCAUACCGGAAAAGUGGCUCACGGAGGAAGCCUUACGUGGAUUGUUCGACGUGUUCCCCGGGGGUAUUAGAAAUAUCUGGCUUACACGAGAUUUCACUCCACUGCUGGCGAAGAUCAAGACACGCGAUAAGGUCGCCAAGAAGCUUGAGUCUGCCGAGACGGAACUUGUUCGUGAAGCUAAGCGACGGGAAGUCAAGAAGCGAGAGGAGCAGGAGAAGAAGCAGCGUAAACAACUCAAGAUGAAGCAAGUCACCAAGGCCGAGAAGGAGCAAAGGCAAAAGGCAGAAGACUUCGAGGCCAAGCGCCGAGCCGAGGCCGGUAAUGGUGUCAGCAGUGGAGAUCACGAAGAAGUGCCCCAUCGCGCCGGCGACGCGGCAAACGAUGUCGAGACUGUCCAGACCCACUAUGAUGCUGAGAGCCCAGACGAGCCACAGCAGAGCGGACUGACUAAGGUCCCCGUAAUUGGCGGUGGACUUCUCAAGGUCGGACAAGGUCUGAAGAAAGGCGUUGGUAUCUUUGGUGAUGCCGGCCAAGGCAUUCUUGGCGGGGCGAAGAACAUUGGUCACGGCGUGGACAAUGAGCUUGAGAGGAAGGGUGGCUUUGAGCAUAUCCCAAGCAACGAUCGCCCCGGCACUGCUGGUACUGUUCCUGACACUAGUGGCUCCGAUCGCAGACGAGUGCAGAGGGUAGAGGACGAUGGUGAGAAGCCAAAGGUCUCCUUUGCCUCCGACGCGACGAGGAGCAACCACGCUCAUAACGCAUCCGGCGCGUCCAGGGAGAACUACAAAGAUUCGAUGCAGCAGGAGCUUCACCCCAAGCAAUAUCUCAAUACUACUCGAAAGCUUAGCAAUCUGGACGAGAUGUAUGUCAGCGAAGAGACUAAGUGGUGGGAAUUCUGGAAGCCUCCAUCCGGCGGCUAUGCGUCCCCCGUUCCCCAAGGUGUCGAGGGGAAUGAGUUCCCUCUAACCAAGAAGGAUGACAGGACGACUUGGCAAAAGAUCAAGUCCAAGCUCCCGUUCAUGGGUGAAGAGGAAGAGCCUAUCGAGUACCCAUCGGCUAUCAAUCCCGAUUAUAAGGAAGAGCGGGAAGGCGGCGCAGCCUGGGAGAAGUGGCUGAAAGAGAAAGAUCGCCCUCACCAUCGUUUGCCCUUGUUUGACGCGCUGCCAUUUGGUCUACCCUUGGUCAGCAAGAAGGUCGAUACGAUCUAUUGGUGUCGGGGCGAGCUAGCACGGCUGAAUAUGGAAAUCGAAGAAGACCAGAAUCAUCCUGAAAGAUUCCCGAUUAUGAACUCGGCCUUUGUUCAGUUCAAUCACCAAGUGGCAGCUCAUAUGGCAUGCCAGAGCGUCACACACCAUAUUCCGAAGCACAUGGCACCUCGCAUCGUCGAAAUCUCACCCGACGAUGUCAUCUGGGACAACAUGGCUAUGAAAUGGUGGGACGAGUGGGCAAGAACUCUUCUCGGCACGGCUAUCGUUUUCGGUAUGGUUAUCCUUUGGGCCUUCCCAGUAUCGUUCUCAGCCACAUUGUCCCAGAUCGAUGCACUCAUUGCCAAAUUUUCUUGGCUAGGGUUCCUUAAGCGCAAUGACAUUGUGUACAAGGCCGUCAAGGCAGUAGCUGGUGUCUUACCUGCCGCAAUUCUCGCUCUCCUCUUGUUCCUGGUACCGAUCAUACUCAAUUUGAUCGCCAAGAUGCAGGGCGCGAAGACUGGGUCUCAGCAGACGGAGCGUGUACAAGUCUACUAUUUCUUCUUCCUAUUUGUUCAGGUGUUCUUGGUCGUCUCUAUUGCAUCCAGCGCUACACAGACCUUAGAAGCCAUCACCAACAAUAUCCAGAGUGUCCCGGAAACACUGGCAGAGAACUUGCCCAAGGCUGCCAACUACUUCUUCUCCUACAUGAUUCUACAAGCUCUUUCUGUGAGCUCAGGUACUCUGAUGCAGAUUGGCGCUCUGGUUGGCUGGUACAUUCUGGCGCGAAUCUUGGACAAUACAGCAAGAAGCAAGUUUUCGAGGCAGGUUAAGCUUCCAGACGUCAAAUGGGGCUCGUUCUUCCCGGUGUACACCAACUUUGCCUGUAUCGCUCUGAUCUACUCAGUCGUCGCACCGCUUAUUUGCCUGUUCGCCAUCAUUACAUUCAGUCUUUUGUGGAUUGCGCAUCGUUACAGCAUGCUAUACGUCACCCGCUUCAAAUCUGACACUGGUGGCGUUCUGUAUCCGCGUGCUAUCAAUCAGACAUUCACUGGCGUUUAUGUCAUGGAGCUCUGUCUCAUCGGACUAUUCUUCCUGGUUCGAGAUGACGACAAUUCGGUCGCCUGCCGCGCUCAGGGUAUCAUCAUGGUCGUGGUCCUGCUUGGCACUAUUCUGUAUCAGAUUUUACUCAAUAUGUCCUUCGGUCCGCUUUUCAGAUAUUUGCCAAUCACCUUCGAGGACGAGGCAGUACUGCGCGAUGAAGCUUUCCAGCGUGCUCAGGACAGACGUCUUGGCCUAAUUCCCGAUGACGAUGAAGCCACAACGCUGACAGCACAAGGGAGCUCCGAUGAGGCCGCCGAGAUCGAAUUGAAAGAUCUCAAGCAGCAGGGUCGGCAAGGCACUAAUCGUGGCCUUGGCCGAUUGACGAAGGGAGUCAGAACUGCAGGUCAUUGGGCUGUUCGUGGCGGCAACACCGUACGACAUGCAACGUUUGGCAAAGCAGAACAGAAUUUGAAGACGGCCGCCGUAUACCGGCGCCAGCAGCGACAGAAGGAUCUCGAGGCACAGCGAGCUAUUGGCGAGGCUUUGUAUGGCGGAUACGCUGACGAGAUUGAGGAUCUCACUCCUGAGGAGAGAGACGUGCUCGUCAGAAAGGCCUUCACUCACUCGGCCCUGCGGUCGAGACGGCCUGUGAUCUGGAUCCCGCGUGAUGACCUCGGCGUCAGCGAUGACGAGAUCAUGAGGACGAAGGAGUUUAGCGACUACAUAUGGAUCAGCAACGAGGGCACUGCGCUGGACAGCAAGGUCCGGGCGGUCUAUGGUCGGUCGCCUCCCGACUUCUCUGAGGUGGAAAUCAUCGACCUGUAA